AUGUCCAUCCCCUUGCAAACGUACGACCAUGAGGAUGUCCCGUUCCUCGAUCACCCUGAUGAGCCCAUCCCAGACGAACCGAUAUACGGCCAGCGCCGACCAACCUCGAAAUGGCACGUCAGGAGCCCACGGGCCAUUGUGCUUGUCAUUGCGUCCAUCAAUUUCGUCCUCGUCAUGAGCGGCCUGAUGCUGCUCUUGCCCGUGUACCGCCUCAUCGAGGACGCGCUCUGCCACGCGCACUACCACGACGACUCACCGGGCCUCAUUGACGAGAUGAAAUGCAAAGUCGACCAAGUGCAGUCCCGUCUAGCCUUCCUUCUCGGCUGGCUUGGUGUCGUGGGCUCCGUCUUCAACUUCAUCGUGGCCUAUCCAUAUGGCCUCCUCGCUGACCGCAUCGGCCGCAAGCCCACCGCACUAUUCGCCUUCAGCGGUGUUGCCGUUUCCUUCCUCUUGUCACCCCUCCUGCUCGGCCCGGGAGCCAACGUGAUCCGCGCCAACCCGUACGUCCUCCUGACAGGUACCUUGUUCACCUUCUUUGGAGGUGGUGCCCCCGUCAUGCUGAGGGCGCUGUAUGCCAUGGCCGCGGACGUCAGCUCGGCGGAGGAAAAGGCGAAGCACUUUUUCUACCUGACCAUGGGCACGACGGCCGGUGCCAUUCUAGGACCCCUGUUUGGUGGUCUCUUGAUGGAGUCUUUUGGUCCCUGGCUGCCCAUCUGGAUCGUCACGUUCACGGUCCCCGUGGUCUUUUUCAUCUUCGCAUUCCUACCGGAGACGCUCGCUGUCGAUACCAAGGAGCGCCAGGCGACGACGCGGCAGUUGACACUGCGGCAGCACGUUGCCCAGGGCGUCCAGGACUUGGUACGGUCGUUGUACAUGAUGCGCAACGUCAAUAUUGCCCUGUGCAUGCUGGUCAUACUCUUCACCUCGUCUGCGGAGACGUCCAUUCUCGUGCAGUACAUAAGCAAACACUUUGGGUGGACGCUGGCCGAGACGAGUGUGCUCCUCGCACCACGGGGCGUCAUCAACCUCCUGGUCCUGGGUCUGCUGCCAAAACUCGGAGAUCGCCUCGUGUCCCCGAGAUAUGGGUUCACAGCCUUUGAGAAGGACUUGCUGCUCGCCAAGGUGUCUCUGUGUGUGAGUGCCCUCUCCGCUCUGGGGCGCUUCUUCAGCGGGAGCAUUGGGCCUUUCCUCGUGGCCCUCUUCAUCGGCUCCCUGGGCGCGGCCGAGUCGCCGCUGGUGAGGGCAGUCGUGUCCUCAUACGUACAGCCGAGCUUCACCAGCCGCUUGUUCGCACUGGCCGGCAUGUUCGAGGUCAUCGGCACCGUGCUCGGCGGGCCCGUAUUUGCGUGGUGUUUCGGCAAAGGGCUGCAAUGGAAGGGAUUAUGGACGGGUCUGCCGUGGCUCUAUAUGGCGCUGGCCAUGGGAUUAUGUGCUGGCGCAUUAAUGCUUGUUCGUCCCCGCAAUGGCGACUUCGAGAACGACGUCUUUGGGGAGGCUGAGGAGGAUGAGAAUGCGCGGCCUGCGAAUCCAGUUAGACUAGUAUGA